CCCAAAAAAUCCCUCCCUAUUAUAUAGAAUAAUAGAAUAUGGAAUUUCUAGGAGCAUUCUCUAAUAAUAUAGAAUUGGAUUGCUUCAAAAUGUUUUCAACUGAAAAAGAGCAUGAUUUCACUUACACUACUACUACUUCACAAUUAUUUCUAGAUCAACGUUCAUCACUUCUUGUAGGAGAAGAUGAUGAAUUGAACUUUGGAUUAGUACAAUCCACAAUUUCCUCCAAUCUUAUUAGUGAUGAAAAUGAGCAUUAUUUGUUUCAUUCUUUAGAUGCUAAUCCCAACACAAAAAUGUUGCAUUAUAAGUCACAAGAAGAGAGUAGUUACAAUAGCAGCAAUUUGAGUGGUGGUGACACUAAUUUCUUCAAUGCCAACAUGGAUCUUACAACAAACUACUACUAUUCUAGUAAUUACCAUGAUGAUCAUGUGCUAGCAAAUGAUGUUUCUAUAUCCAUGGAGUUAUGUAUGGAGGAGAAGAAUCUUGCAUGUUUUGCUCCAUCAAUGGAAGACAAUGAUGAUCAUGGAUUAUUGGAGAAUUAUGAUCAUUAUCAAUGUCAUCAAAUGGAAAAUGUUGAUGUUGUGCAGCUCAAGAGGAAGAUUGUUGAAGUACCAGAAUUGGAUGUGUCUGCUGAUGAAAACAAUACAAGUAACGGAUAUAAGAAUCAAAAGAAAAAAAUUUUCGUCGCGAAAGAUGAGCAAGAUUGCAUGAAAAAUGAAAAGUCUAGGAAGAGAAAAGUUGUUAGAAAUGGGAAUGAAGGAGAAGAGAGAAAUAAUAAUGUAGGGUUAGAUGGACAGAGCUCAAGUAGUAACAUUAACAUAUGUGAGGAUGACAAUGCUUCUGAAGAAAACAAUGGAGGGGUAACUUCGGUAUCUCACUCAAAUGGGAAAACAAGAACCAUUAGAGGAACAGCAGCAGAUCCCCAGAGUCUCUAUGCAAGGAAAAGAAGAGAAAGGAUAAAUGCGCGAUUAAGAAUUUUGCAGAGUCUUGUUCCAAAUGGAACAAAGGUUGAUAUAAGUACAAUGCUUGAAGAGGCAGUUAAUUACGUAAAAUUUUUGCAGCUCCAAAUCAAGCUUUUAAGCUCUGAUGAUCUAUGGAUGUAUGCUCCUCUUGCUUAUAAUGGACUUGACAUUGGACUCAAACUCAAUAACCUCAAGAAUUUUUCACCAUCACCAUGAUAUUAAAAAAUAAUUGCAUAGAAAACUAUAUAGAAAAAUUGAGCAAUAUAUAUAUAUAUGUAUGUAUGUGUUACAAAUUUAAUUUGUUAUUGUU